GUUAAAACACCAAUUUUCCCACAUUACCACUUACUUUUUUUUGUCACAUCACCACUUACUGAUUUUUACUUUGAAGGCUAACGUAUGUCAUUUCCGGUGCCUUGAUUGUUAGUUCCGGUUAGCUUGACUCAGCUGGGGUGACGUCUGCGUCCCCAGUUAAAAAUACGGGUGGUCCGGUUCCUUCACUCAAUGAGACGCCUUCCGCGCCCUCCAAACGGACAAACCGAACUCCCAGGUGUUCAUUCAAACUCUAAAGCCAGGACCGGACCCAGUCCUCCUGCUGCUAACGGGACCCUCUGGUGAUAGAAGGGGGGAGUUUCUCACGGAACUACGCAGAUACCAUCCCGUCGCAGCGUCACCGAUUACGGUCACGGCGGUGGUUCCGACUCGGAUUUUGAUGUUUAAUUUGGGUCUUGCAGCAAAAACGGGCACCAUGGAGUUUCGGUGGAUCCUGUCCCGGUGCUCCGACACCGUGAGGUAACCACAACGGCACUGAAGUGCCUCAGCCGCAACCUGUUGCUGGUUCCCGGUGACGCAGAGAGGAUGAGCGGCGCCGCCUGUCUGCCGCCUCCGCUGCUGUUUCUCCUGCUGCUGGGCGGCCGCGCUGCCUUCACUGUCUGCAGGUCCCUGAACGCACCGUGGGAUGGAGGAGUCCUGCAUCAGGACCAGGUGGACGAAGCAGUGACAGGUGUGGACAGGAGACAUUCCUUCCUGGAGAAAACCCAUCCCUUCAUCCUGGUGGACGGACAGAGACGGAGCCUGGCUGAAGCUUUUCAGGACGGUCACCCUGACAAGCUGCUUUGUGGGCUGGAGGUGGGAGGACGUGUCCUCCUGCUGGAUCUGGAGAAGAACCACGACCUGCUGCCCAAACCUCCCAACGUUUACUUCUACCUUCCAAAUGGAACCGGAGUGUCUGUGACGACCGACCCUGUGACUCACUGUUAUUAUCACGGCAGCGUGAAAGGAUUCCCACAGUCCAGAGUGGCACUGAGUUCCUGCUCCGGACUCCGCGGCGUCAUCGUCCUGAACUCCUCGCUGAGCUUCGAGCUGCAGCCGCAACUGCAGGAGGAGGACCAUCAUCGCUCCAGCCCUCAGCAGGAGGAGGACAGUCUAGGAGGUGGGAGUGGAGGAGGAGGUGAUGAAGUCCACCUGUUGUUCCCCACCGUCCCUCUGGAGGACAGCGCUGCUGGAGGCUGUGGAGUGUCUCAUUCUUUCCCCCCCCUCACCUACAACCACACACACACACAGCGGAAGAAGAGGGACAUCCUGUCUGAGACCAAGUUCAUCGAGCUGGUUCUGGUGGCCGACCACCAGGAGUUUCUGAACUACCAGAGGAGCAACAAAACCAUCAUCUACCGCCUGCUGGAUGUGGCCAACCAGGUGGACUGGUUCUACCGUCCUCUGAACGUCCGGGUGGCGCUGACCGGUGUGGAGAUCUGGAGUGACCGCGAUAAGAUCCGGGUGGAGAAAAGUCCAACCGACACGUUGAACAACUUCCUGGACUGGAGAACCAGAGACCUGCUCCCUCGUCUUCGUCAUGACAACGCCCAGCUCAUCAUGGGCGAGUCUUUUGAUGGGACCACGGUGGGAAUGGCAUCUCAGUCGUCCAUGUGCUCCAGAGACCGGUCGGGCGGGGUCAGCGUGGAUCACCUGGUCAGUGUUUUGGGCGUGGCCUCUACUGUUGCUCAUGAGCUCGGUCACAACCUGGGGAUGAGACACGACACCACUGAGCGCUCCUGCUCCUGCCAGAACGAGCCACGCCUCGGGGGCUGCAUCAUGGAGCCAUCGACUGGGUUCAUGCCCGGUCAGCUGUUCAGCAGCUGCAGCUCUGCAGAUCUGUCUGUUAGCCUGCUGCACGGCGGCGGCAUGUGUCUGUUCAAUGUGCCGCAGCCCGACCGCCUUAUGGGAGGACCUCGCUGUGGAAACUUGUACGUGGAGAAAGGAGAGGAGUGUGACUGCGGCCUGCUGGAGGAGUGUGAGGACCCGUGCUGUAAUGCUUCCACCUGUCAGCUGGUUCCUGGAGCUCAAUGUUCAUCCGACGGUAUCUGUUGUCAGGACUGUAAGGUGCGGGCGGCUGGUUUGGUGUGCCGUGAACCACUCGGAGAUUGUGACUUACCUGAAUACUGCACAGGCUCCUCCCCCUACUGCCCCCCCAACGUCUUCCAGCAGAACGGCGAGCCCUGCGAGGAUGGAGCCUCCUACUGCUACGAAGGAAUCUGCACCAACAUGGACACACAGUGCCAGAUGCUGUGGGGGCCAAACGCCACCAGCGCUCCAGCUGUGUGUUUCUCAUCCGUCAACAAACAAGGAAACAAAUAUGGAAACUGUGGUCAGCUGACCAACGGCUCUUACAUCCCCUGUGGAAACUCGGACGUUUUCUGUGGGAGGAUUCAGUGUCAAGGGGGAACAGAGCGCCCCCUGCUGGGCAGCAUUGCUCAGAUUCUCACCGUUCGCUUCAAUAACAGCGACCUGGUCUGCAGAGGGACCUUCUUUCACCUGGACGAUGACGUGUCUGACCCAGCCACUGUGGCCCAGGGCACUGCCUGUGGCCCCGGCAAGGCUUGUUUGAAUCGAAAAUGUCAGGAUGCGUCCGUGUUCGGAGUGGAUGAAUGUCGCAGGAAGUGCAAUGGUCACGGGGUGUGUAACAGUAAUAAGAACUGUCACUGUGAAGUGGGCUGGGCUCCACCUGACUGCAGGUACUCGGGUCAUGGAGGCAGCGUGGACAGCGGCCCGACCAGAGCAGCUGGAGAGUCGGAUCCUGUCCGAGUCGCCCUGCUAGUCAUCUUCUUCUUCAUCCUGCCUGUUGUCCUUCUCUUCCUCGCUCUCCGAUUCCCUCGUUUCCGACGGGCGGUCUGCUGUCUGGGACCCAACAGCCCGUUCCACAAAGUUCGACAGCACAACCGAACUCCGGUGAUGGAGCGAGUCGACGGCAGGAACGGGGAGCAGGUCCGACCUCUUAGAUACCACUUGAACCCUCAGCCUGACAUCCCACUGGCUCCGCCCCAAAAAGAGGUUCAUGACAGACCUGCUCCUCCCACUAAGCCCCUCCCCCCUGACCCCGCCCUAAACCCCUCACCGCAGGAAUCGGACAUUAUAUCGUGGCUGAUCUGUGAUCUGGAGGAUUUAGCAGGAGGGAGGGAACAUAUCCUCCGUGAGUGCACUGAUCUUCCCGAAGAUCCUUCUGGAGCUAUGCUGUGAUUUGAGACCCUUUGUGGAGCAACAGAUAAACCACACAAAUCUGAUUUCAGUUUAUAUUUUAUUUUACAACUAUGAGAACCCUCCAGAACCUCCUCUGCUCCCUGAUCAUAUAUGCCAUGUUGCCAAGGCAACCAGACUGAAUGACAGCUCAGAAGAGGCUGCACUCUCAGACAACAUUCCCAAAUAAGACUAACUCCUACCAGAAAGACUCCUAAAAUGUAAAUGGCAACCUGUUACUGUACGAUUUAUCAUAUUAAAGUUUUUAUUUAUUUCUGACAGGAACCUCUCUUCUUUCCCGACCGCGUUAAUAACAUCUGCAGCUUGCUUGGUUCUUUUGCGCUUCAGCAGCCAGUGUCUCGAUCUCGCUGUCAAUAGAGUUUUUAUUUUAUGUUUUUCUUUUGGGAAAAACUCAGGAAGUUCCCUCAUGUGCUGAAGAUGUAGCAUGACCAAAUAUGGUUAGUUGAGGGUGUUUCUGUAUGUAAAUGACUAAGAAUGGACACGAGCAUCUGGCUUUGCACAGGUGGGAUUUAUCAUCAGAUGGUUGCGGAGGAAUGUGCGUACGAGUGACAUAUUUCAUAAAUCAGGAUUUUGACAGUUCGUACACACAUUAUAAAGUUCAUUUGUAGGAAUAUAGGACAGUUUCUAGGAACGUUUGAUAAAUGAGGGCCCAAGUCUGAUCCGGGUUGUUAACCGGGUAGGAACCGAUUCAGACGUUUCAUAUAGUCAGAAAAACAUCAUCAUCCUCACUGACUCGCUUUUCUUUUAUUUCUGCUGCUUCAGUUGGUCAAACAUCGACCCGCCCCCCCCCUCCAAGCCUCUUCCCCCUGACCCCCCCAACCCCAACAAACAGGUACAGUCAUUGUUCCGGUUCCGUCUGUCCUGUGUUUGUCUGAGUCCUGUACGAGUCCUGAUCCGGUUCUGAUUAAAACUCCUGGGCCCUCAUUUAUCAACUGUACUAAUUACUAUGGGGUUCACACACAGUCACAUUUCAUGCUGCAAUAACACAGCUUUACUCCACCUGACACAGCAACAGCGUAGCUGCCACGCUCACAAGCAGACAGGAGCUAACAGACAGUCUCUCUUCCACUUCACACCACAGAGUGUCUCCUGAGCAGAUACCGCCUCCCUAAGGAGAUCUUUCUGGAGCUAUGACAUCAUUUGGGACCCUUUAGUACAGCAACAAACCAACCACACAAGUCCGAUCCAGUUCAGUGUUUCCCUUACAUAGGCGUAGCCGUGGCGGCCCGCCACGGCUGAAAUCCCAGCGCCACGCCUACAAGAUCCCAAGUUUUAUUGAUUGA